AUGGAUAAUAAUAAUGUUUUGAAAAUACAACUUAUUAAUCAGUCAGAAAAAGAAAGACUUCUAGCUUCUGAAAGGCAAAGGAGACGUCUAUUACGUAUGAAAGAAGCUAAAGAACAAGCAAAUAUUUUUUCAAAACUUAAUAGAGAAAAUAAAAACGUUUUUAGUUUUAAUAAUCCUCAAAAACAACAAUACAAUAAAUUACAUAAAAAUCAUAGGAAUAAAAUUACUUCUGAUGGAAAUAUAUGCCCUCGAUUAGAAAGAUAUUAUCAAUUUUUGGAGAGAAAUGAGGAAUAUAAUCAUAUAUUUAAUAAAUAUACUACCAAACUUGAUACAAAAACUUCAAACAAAAUAAAUAAAUGA